AUGCUGGCGUACCUCCAAGAUAAGAGUGUAGCAUGGGCCCACGAUGCGCGAAACGGAAAGGAUCCGGUCUUCAAGUGGCUCAAGUUAUUCCUCUACGACCAGGAGCACCCCAUUCUGCGCGAGACCCCGAACCCAGCAUUGCCAGACGGUGUUUCAUCCGAGCGGCUUGUCUCCGACUAUCUUCGCCAGCUUUAUGCAAGAAUACAGAAGUUGAUUGUCUCUUUGCGCCUUUCGGCCGAAAUCGGGACCGAUUUUUGGUUUAGCCGGCCAGCUGGCUGGUCUGCCGACAACCAGGAGAUUUUCGCUAAAGCAGUGCGAGACGCAGGGUUCACAUCCAAAGAAAACGACAAUCUUUUUUUCCUUACGGAAGCAGAAGCCGCUGCAUUGUAUCUUAUGCAUCACGAGGACUUUGAAGCGGUCAGUGCAAAGCCUCCCAAACCCCAACCGCCUUCGUCUUCUCUCCCCCACAGGAUUGAUCAGCUAACUGAAUGUCCAUUUGUGAACCCGGAAGAUGGCCGUAUUCUAGUAUGCGACAUUGGUGGAGGAACGACCGAUGUCGGUGCCUUCCAUAUUCAAGGCACCGGGCCAGAUGCCGUGUACGAACCAUUGGGAAAGUCCUCGGGGGUUAAUUGCGGUGUCGCAGCAAUGGAUGCUGCGGUCCGUCAGCACGUGAAGAAGCAGCCUCCGCACACCUUCGGGCUCGUUAGGCCGCUAAACGAGGCUCUCCUGGACAUGAUAUGUGACCUCAAGUGCCAAUUUGAUGGCACUGAGGAGGAUCCUAUCCCGGUUGAUGUGACUGGCUUAAUCACGGUUCCCCCGGGUGUGCUGAGAAAAUCCCUGAACUCAACGGUGGUCGCUAUUAUCGAGCUGAUAAUGGCUAACAUCGUUCCACCGCGGCCACUGGAACCACCGGUCUCGAUACGACAGAGAUUGGAGCAUAUGGUUACCCUACAUCACCUGGACCAAUACGAGGCAAUGUCGGUGUCCUGGGGAGCGACUUUUCGAGGGAUCCUCGGCAGGGCCAUCCCCCGCCUGAAGUUUGACGCAAGCUACGGUCUGCAAGCUGCGGAGGAGGCUAUCGUCCGCAAGGGAAGCAUCAGCCGGGAGCAAUCCUCCCCGCACUGGUUUAUACGCAAGGACCAAGCAGUCGAAAUUGAGCACCAGAAUGAGCUUUUUCUCGACAUUCACUAUCGUGCUGGAGAUGCGCCCAUAACUAUCAUAAAUCUCCUUCAACAUGCCGCCGAAUUUCCCGAUGCGAACGAUGGUGAUUCCAAACGGAUGCCACCACUCGGUUUCCACCUACAGGGGUUGAAUUUCUCCCGUCUAAUGCGCGUAGGUGAUGAGUACUGCGUUCAGGUGCGAAUCGUGUGGAAGGUCACAUACUCGGAGAGGCACGCGAUCGUUAAAUUUACUGCCCAGUCGGAGAACGCACUACUUGGCGAGCAGGAAGUACCUCUGGUUGGAUAUCGUCUGGUAGCAUGA